AUGAAACGCACCAGUUCCAUUGGAUUUCAGAACCCACCGUUUACGUCGCAACACACGCGCUCGACUUCGCUGCUCAACUCCACGAGCAGACCGCAGCAGCCGAACUUUGCGAGGGCUUCUUCCGGGGGGUUCGGUCAGGAUGCGAGGCUCUCGUCUGUCCGUCGUUCCGUAUCGAGUAACAUGCUCCAUGGCUCCAGUGCGGGUCGGCAGAGCUACGCGCCUGGAUCAGCCUCCAACUCCGCAUCUCAGAAUAUUCAGCGCAGAAGCAGCGUGUUUUCGCGACCAUCAACCGGAAAUGGGGGCCCUAUAGGCCACCAGUCAUUCUUCGCCCAAGUUCCUCCCGCUGCAGGCGUCCCGAGAGACCCGCGACCAUUGAGGGAUCGCGCAUUCCAGACCCGCAUUGGACAGGAGUUACUGGAGUACUUGACUCAUAACAACUUCGAGUUGGAAAUGAAGCAUUCCCUGGGUCAGAACACUCUUCGCUCGCCGACUCAAAAAGAUUUCAAUUAUAUCUUCCAGUGGCUCUACCAUCGUAUUGACCCGGGAUACAAGUUCUUAAAGAGUAUGGACUCUGAAGUGCCACCGAUUUUGAAGCAGUUGCGGUACCCUUACGAAAAGGGCAUUACAAAAUCGCAAAUCGCGGCCGUGGGUGGCCAGAACUGGUCGACAUUCCUCGGCAUGCUGCAUUGGUUGAUGCAGUUGGCGCAGAUGAUGGACCGCUUUGUGAUGGGAGAUUACGAUGUCGCGUGCGCCGAAGCGGGUGUCGAUGUCACCGGGGAUCGAAUCAUCUAUCGUUUCCUCACCGGGGCCUAUCAUGACUGGCUCCAAGGGGGCGAAGACGAGGAUGAUGAGAUUGCCGAGAAACGAUUGGUUCCGCACAUUGAAAAUAUGUCCGAGGAGUUUGCGCGAGGCAACGAGCGAUACGAACAAGAGAUGGCCGCGUUGGAAGCAGAGAAUCGCAACCUCCGCGAUCAGAUUGAGGAUAUGGAGAAGAAUGCACCCGACAUGGCCAAAUUGGACAAGACCUACCGGAUAUUGGAAGGCGACAAGAAGAAAUUUGAGGAGUACAACCAGACCGUCAAAGGGAAAAUUGAAAAGUAUGAAAGCCGCAUCAGAUUUUUGGAAGAGGAGAUCCAGAAAACCGACGCAGAUCUCCAGGCGACCGAGACAGAUCGUUCCGAGCUCCAAGCAAGCGUGGAUCGGCAAGGCAUCACCAUCCAGGAUAUCGACCGCAUGAAUACGGAACGCGAGCGUCUUCAGCGAAGCCUCGAGGACACCAUGGCUCGUUUAGAGGAAACCCAUGCCCGUGUCAUGGAGAAGGAGUCUGAGGCGAGUCAGAAACUUGAGGAUCUAGAACAGAUUGUCAAGACAUACAAUACGCUAGGCUACCAGACGAGUUUGAUUCCCCCGUCUGCCGAGAAUGCCAAGGGUCAAGAUUACGAGCUCAGUCUCCAAGUCAACGAAAACAUCUUCUCCCGGUCCCAGGUGGGCGGCGAUCCCAACCGGGUCUCGUCGGAUGGGGAUCGUCUACUGGCCGAGCCUUUCAUUGGCUACCACCCGGCUCAUCUGUUGAAUCUGGAUCUUCGGGGCAGCAUCCGCAACAGUCUGCAGUCCCUGCGGAAAGAGAUCAAUGAACGGCGGAAGCGCAACAUCGACGACGAUCUCGACCGUCGGAAUCUGCUCGACAACAUUAAAGAGGCCAUGGACGAGAAACGGAGCGAGGUGGAAGCUCUCGAGCACCGGCGCCGUGCCGCAGAGGAGGAAUUUGAGCGAACCAAAGAAGUCACCACCACGCAGAAGACGGCCUCGGACGCGCAGAUUGAGAAGAUGGAGAAGGAGCUGGCCAAGAUGCGAGCUACGCUGAGCGACAGUGUGCAAUUAAUGGAGCAGCGCGAGAUGAAUACCAACAUCGAGUACGAGCAGCUCACGCUCCGAGCGAAUGCACUGCGCGAGGAACUGCAUACCAAUGUCGAGAAUAUGCUGAACGAUGUGAUCCGCUUCAAGGUCCAUGUUCAAAAGGGGUUAGAGGACUACGAGAGCUUUGUGGUCGACGAAGUGGAACAAGAGCUGGGCGGCGAUGCCCACCUGUCGGAAGAUGUGGCGAUGGAGCCGUGA